AAUUUAGAUGGCCAAUUCAUCGUCGCCCCCCGAGCUCCCGCAGGACAGUGACGACGUCUUGGAGCUGAACAAAGAUUUAGAAAGGAUUAUUGAAGACACUGAAAAUAUAUCGGUCCAGCUGACCUGGAUGGCUUAUGAUGUGGUGGCACUGCGGACCAGGCCGGAGCUCGGGGCCUCUAUGAGCAAACUGGAGGAAGCCUAUCACAGAUGCAGAGUUGCAGUCUGUGGAGACCGAGACCAGGAGCUCAAUGAGUACAGAUGAACCAGCUGCCACAAAACUAACCCAGAUGUAAUAUAGCCAGAGCUUUCAGUUCAUCAGUGCUGCGUUGAGGUUAGGCUAUGACAGCAGCGUUAACCUUUAAAUAUAACUGUUUUGUGUGUUGAACAUACUAUUGCAAUUGCUGUAGUACAAUUUUUCUCUGGGGUAUUUGGAAGGAGACUUGCUUCUGUUCUCUGUAUGUCUGACUAUUAUAAUUCAGAAACGAUUUUUUUAUUCAGUAAGAUACAGACCACAUUUCUUUGGUAGUUAUCAGGUAAUAUGAGCAUGGCCUGAAAAUAUUGGUUGUUUUAUAGUUACUAUAAAAUGUCAACUUUUGACCUGUCCCAUGCCAAAUGAGAACACAAUGUGACUACAGUAUCUCUGGUUUUGUUUCUUGCAGUAUUUUUAGCAAAUGGAAAUGACUUGGGAAUGAGACCUAGUCACAA